AUGACCCAAUGCAUCACAGACUAUAUCAACUUCUAUGUGAAGAACACUGUGCCCUCCAAGUUGGUCCAGUGUGUUCCCAACAACAAAACCUGGGGGAUCUCUGAGAUUAAGGCCCUGGUGAAUGAGAAGAAGAGGGUCUUUGCAUCAGGGGACAGAGAGGAGCAGCAAAGAGUCCAGAAGGAACUCCGGCUCAGGAUCAGGAGGGGGAAGGUCAUCUACAGGAGGAAAUUAGAAAGCCCUGGAGAGGGCUGCAGAACAUCUCAGGCCACAGCAGAGCACAAGGAGACGGAGGAGGAGAAGAAGAAGAAGAAGAAGAAGGAGGGCAAGAGGAAAGGUGUCAGGGAGAAGGAGAAACGGAGAGGAAGAGGAGUCAGACGUCACCGCUGUCAGCACUGUGACAAAUCCUUCACAACAUCAGGAUAUUUAAAGAUUCAUCAGAGAGUUCACACUGGAGAGAAGCCGUACAGCUGUGAUCAAUGUGGGGCAGCUUUCACAGUGCCGAGUCACCUAAAAAGACAUAAACGCAUUCACACUGGAGAGAAGCCGUACAGCUGUGAUCAAUGUGGGGCAGCUUUCACACGACAGAGUAACUUAAAAAAACAUCAAC